AUGAUCGAUAUUCACGUGCACGACGGUGCGGUACACGAUAUGCAUCUAAGCUGGAUGUCGGGGUUUUCGGAUAGUGCAGGAGAUGAUGGAGAGGAGGAGACAAGCGAAGAAAAGGCCGUCCGAGUUCGUGCUUUACAGCGAGCGGAGAUUUCGAGUUGGUUUAGUGGUGCUCCUGUGGAAGCUUUGAAAAGGGGGAAUGUGAAAAUAUGGAUGGCGGAGUAUUUUUUUGAAGGAUAUGAAGUUGAUCAGCUCACGCCGUCGGAGCAGGAGGAAAUGGAGGUAAGAAGGGAUGGCUGUGAUGUGAUGGUAUUUUAA